GUAGCAUACAGUUCUGGUGCGUGUGACAUGACUUACGAUGUUAGUGUUGUUUACACUCUGUGAGUUUUAGCAUUGUAGUCGCAUUAAAUCCAUGCAGGCAAAGCAUUCAUGAAACAACGUCAUUUCGGUUACAGUUCCAGUGGGGGAAGUAUAGUCUCAGAUACGAGGAAAGUGGCGGAGUCGGGGCCAAAACAUCACGGCUCGCCAAAGUCUCCGUCCCUGCGCGGAGCAUUUUUCCGGGUAGCACCAACACAAGGCUGACCACCGCAACAGCAACAUUAACCAGCAUAUAAAUAUAUCCUGGCAUACAACUUCGAAAAUGUAAAAAGCAGAUCAGAAUCCAAAACAUCAACACUCUAUUCGCUCUGACCAUCGCCGAAAAUGACCUCCCCGAACUUCCUCCCCACGAUCGCCUUCUUCGGCAGCACAGGCGGCUGCACCCUGCACUGCCUAGUCCUCGCCCUCCAAGCCGGGUAUAAGUGCAACGCAAUCGUGCGCACGCCCGAAAAACUAACCACCCUGCUCGCCCCGUACAACCUCCCCGCCCCCGCCCUCAAAAACCUACACAUCAUCCCGGGUAGCGCGACGGACGCCGCCGCCGUGCGCACCACCCUCCUCGCCCCGGACCAAACCCCGGGCACCUUCGCCCCGAAGACCGUCGACCUGAUCAUCAGCGGCAUCGGCAGCAAGCCCAAUUUCUCGAAUCUGCUGCACCCGACCCUCGAGAACCCGACCGUGUGCCAGGAUGGGAUGCGCACGUUACUCGCGACUCUGCACGCUCUCCAAGAGCAAGAGCAGGCGCACGGCAAACCCAAGCUGGCCGUCAUCAGCACGACGGGCGUGGACUCGAAGCGCGACGUGCCGGUCAUGAUGCUGCCGUUGUAUAAUUGGAUGCUGAAGGUGCCGCACGCGGACAAGAAGGAGAUGGAGGCGAUGAUCCGGGCGGAUGCGGCGUUGGGGGAUGCCAGGGCGCUGGGCAGCUAUCUGGUCGUGCGGCCGAGUUUCUUGGUCGAGGGCAAGGAUAAGAAGAUCCGGGUCGGGACGGAAGAGGAGCCCGCCGUCGGGUAUGGCAUUAGUCGCACGGAGGUCGGGCGGUGGAUCUUUGAGAAUGCCGUGCUGGGGUUCGACGGGCCCGUGCAGGUCAAGGAGAAGGUUAAGGGGAUGGGAAUUGGGUGGGCGGGCGGGUAUUGGGGAAGGUUGGUUAGUAUUACUUGGUGAGGUUGUGGUCUACCUGUUGUUCAGGGUUGUGGUUAGCGAUAGUGGAUAGAUGAUGGGAUCAUGCAGGUUUCUGGUGCGGGAAGCGUUUACUUAUUAAACUGUUCUAAUCAGGAGUUGAAUUUCAUUGAACUGGACUGC